AUGUUGUUGUAUUUUUGUUUCUUCGUUUUUCUCGUCCAUGGCGUAAAAAGUGGUAACGACAAGGCGAUAGAAAACUGCAAUAGGGAAGUGGGAGGACAGCAGCCAACCGUCGAUCCAAGUCGUUGUGCACACAUCGAUUCACCUGCUUGUACUGCAAUAUUUCCAUAUCAUCCCGCUGAAAAGAAAAUAGAGAAGCUGAAUUUUUCACGUUGGAGCGAUGAAAAGAAAAUAUUUCCUUUAUUCAUUGCAGAUCCAUCGGCAGGCGAUCACUGUGAUGCUUUUACACUGGAGAUGUGCAGAAAUGCGGCUCUCAAUACAAUAGCAUUAAUGAGAUGCCCAAUGAGAUGCGGGCUUUGUGACCAGGCGGAAUGCCCAAACACAUUUGACGAUGCAGUUUGUACAGCACUAGCGCCUCGAUGA